CGUACGCAGCAGUGCUUGCGUAUGCAGCACUUGCAUGGCUAGUCCCGUUCCGUCUGUGAGCGUUGUUGUGCCAAUGCACAACGCAGAGCUGUGGAUAGAUGAUUGUUUACAAUCAGUGCUGACGCAGAAAUUCGCAGGCAAACUUGAAUUGUCAAUUUACAACGAUGCCAGUACGGAUCGAUCUUUGGAGAUUGUAGAGCGGUGGCGGACAAGGUUACAGGAUGCUGGUAUCUGUCUGUCUUUGGGAGGGCAUGAUAGCGGUGAACCCAAGGGAGUUGGAUUUGCAAAAAAUUGUGCAGUUUAUCAAAGUUGCGGAGAAUACAUUUGCUUCUUGGAUGCGGAUGAUAUUAUGCACCCAAAUCGAGUUCAACUUCAACUUGAAGCUGCUCAGAAGCAUCAAGGAGCACUAAUUGGAUCUAAAUUUUCUCGCUUGCCUCCCAAGUCUACUGAACGGUACACUCGAUGGUGCAACUCACUUAGUUGUAAGCAGCUUCUCACACAGAGAUUUACUUCCUUUGGCCCUACUAUCAUACAACCAACAUGGUUUUGUCACCGGUCAGUAUUUGAUGCUGCCGGACCAUUUGCUGAAGGUGGCAAGGGAGUUCCAGAAGACUUGAUCUUUUUCCACAAGCAUCUACAGUUAGGAAAUGAUGUACAUAGGGUAGACAAACGUUUACUAUUCUACAGAUAUCAUCCUUCAGCGAUGACAUUCUCAGUUAACAGACAGACAAUCUGGGACAUACAGGUGAAGGAGUUUGAAAAGUCUGUUUUAUGCCAUUGGCCAUCUUUCACCAUCUGGAAUGCUGGAAAACAAGGUCGUCAUUUUUACAAGUCAUUAACAGAAGAGAAUAGACAGAAAGUCAUCAUGUUCUGUGAUGUUGAUUCCAAGAAAAUUUCUAAAGGGUGUUACACAUUUGAGAAUGCUCCUGGCUUUCCUAAACCUCGCAUUCCCAUUGUACAUUUCAAAUGUGCCACUCCACCAUUUGCAAUUUGUGUGAAAUGGGAUUUGACACAUGGGGUAUUUGAAAUGAACUUGGCUUCCAUGAAUCUUGAAGAAGGAAAAGAUUACUACCACCUGAGUUAGUUGGAGUCAAGCUGCUAAUCAAGUGAUAGAGCUAGAUGUAAGCUGCUGUAGUCAACUGGAAGCACAUGAGAAAACAACAUAGGUACCUGCAUGCUUUGUGUAGAUGUUGAUACCACUGACAAUUGACAUAUUAAUAAGUACAAACAAUAGGAUGACUUCAUUAAUUGACUAGGGCAUGCAGCCUGAAGUUGUUGUAUUGCAUACAUGCAGUGCACCUGUAGUUACUAUUUUUAUUAUUGUUAUACUGGUUAUCAUUAUUAUUG